CUGGGAUAGGAUUCGAUCCGAGAAGCCUCCAACUCCAACCAAGCAGAAACAAAAUGUUCAAGUUCGUUUGCCUUUUCGCUCUUGUUGCUGCGGUAGUCGCUAAUCCGAUUGGAUUUGAUGGCGGCUUCGACUUCAACUCGAAUAUCGGAGGCAUCGGUGGUUUGGAAAAUUUUGGAAGCGUAAACACUUUCGGAGGCUUCGGUGAUUUCGGAUCUUUCGGUGUUCAACCACAGCUCUCCCAGCCGAUUUCAUACUCGCAGUCAAUUGGUUUCGGUCAGUCUGGUUUCCUCAGUGCCGACGAACCCGUGCGUGCUAUCGAUCUUGGCGAUCAUGAAGUCACUUCACAAGGUGAGGAAGGCACUGCUCGUGGAGGAAUCGAAUCUCUUCCAGUGCAAGAUGGCGCUGAGGCGUACCAGUCCCAACAAAACUAUUAAUUUUGUUUCUAAUAUGAAGGAUUGAUAGUUCAAUAAACCCAAAGCACAAAUUGAGAGAGCGCAACAUUGACUUACAUACGUUAGCUCCACGAUGCAUUGCUCAUCAAAAACUCUUAAGAAUAAGCACCUAAAGUAUUAAGAUGAA